CUAAAUGAAUAAUACUACUGCAUAAGUUUUUUAUAAUACAUUUUUGGUCAUUUCGAUGGUCGAAAAUAUACUAAAGCCUUUAUAAAAGUAAAUAUAUAUAUAUGUAUAUCUGCUUACCCUGAAAUGGGCACACUGACAUUUUUUUUACAAUUAUAGUUCCAUAAAUUAAGGAAAAAUAUUAUCUAUACAAUAGAUAAAUAUAUGUACGUAUAAUUAGAUCCAUUGUAAGUUAGAUAUUAUUACUGUGAAAGGGAAGUCUUCCAGUUUGACGUCUCGUUCGACCCGGUUUGACGGCGGUCGUACGACAAUCGCCCCGCCGGUCGUACGACGAGCGGCGUUCAUUCAGGUUCAUUCUCCGGUCGCCCGCCAUGUCGCACAGUCACACGGCCAUCGAGUACUGGACGGAGUUCUUCCAGAUGUACCGCUCCAUGCCGGAGCUGUGGCUGGUGCGCAGCAAGGUGUACCGGGAUCGCCGGCUCAAGAACGAGUCCUACGGCCGGCUGCUGGACUUGAUGCGCACCUCCGAUCCGCAUGCCAACGUGCACACCCUGAAGCGGAAGAUCAACAAUUUCCGGACCUCGUACCGCCGCGAACUUCGCAAAGUCCUGGAGAGUGAUCACAACUAUGUGCCCUCGCUCUGGUACUUCAAGGAGCUCGACUUCCUGUACGAACUGGAAACAGGGGAGAUGCAGUCGGGGCAUGUGGUGCUCCAGGAACAGGACGAGGAGGCGCGAGUACUGCAUCAUGGCGAUGAGCACAUGUCGGUGUACCAGCCCGUCGCGGAAUCGGACGAAACCCUGGUGUACGAGCCGCAGCACGAGAGCGGAGUGGAGAACGGCGUGGAUCUGACCGAGGUAUCCGAGAGCGAUCAGGUCCAGCAAAUGGUCAGCGAAGAUGACGAUAUGUUCUCGGAAGCCUUUCACACCGAAGAGGAUGUACUGCGCCUCGAGGCCGUGGCCGAGGGCGAGAGGGAUCCCGAGCCGGAACCCGAACCCGAACACGACCAGGAACCCGAGGCGGAGUCGACCGCCGUGCACUUGAAGUCGGAGCAUAAGCUGGACGACUACCAGGCGAACUCCAUGGGCAGCAUCAAGGGUAGUCCGUACGCCAAUCCGUCGGGCUCCUCGGCUCAUCUGCGACACAAUCCGAACUCCGAAUCGCUGGCCACGGAUAAGGCCGGGCGGCGCAUCCGUAUCCGGCGAAGACGCAGCAGCGAUGACACCGAUUACGGGCAGGCGGCGAGAAAGCGCAGAGUCGAGGACUUUCCGGAAAGGGAGAGGGCGAGGGAGAGAGACAGGGAGAGGGAUCGAGAAAGAGAGCGCGAUAGGGAUAGGAGCCGGGAGAGCGAGAGCGAGAACGAGUGCGAGCUGAUCGGCAGGCGGAUGGCGGCCCACUUCCGGCACAUGAGGCCGGACCAGCGGCUCUUCGCCGAGCGGAUCAUCAGCGAGGUGCUCGUCUACGGCCGCAUGAACCGCCUCUCGUUCGAGGCCCGCUUUCUGCCGGCGGGAAAAUAGCCGAUGGUGUUUCUUAGGUACGAUUGUUUUGAAACUCCUUAAGCUGGUAAUAUUAUUAUUAUAUCUUAUGACAAGUUUGUAAUUUUGAAAAAUGUACCCAAAAGCUUUUUUUUAAUGAUACAUGUUAAGAGCUAAGCCAACUGCAUUACAAAAUCGAAUAUUUGUUAAAAAUAAAAGAACAUUAAAGUAAAAAUUAAAU